AUGAAAGGAAAGAAAUAUAACGAAGUUCUUAGCGAAAUGAGAGAAAAUCGACAUUGGAAAGAUCGGGGUACAAGUAGACAAGCUAAAAAAAAAACGAAUGGGGGAGAUCUACUUGUAAAAUUAAAUGGGAGAGGGGCUGCGGAGAAGUUGAGGGCCGAACUGGACACUGGGCAAAAUGAACGGGAUGGACACGGCAAUCCAAAGAAAGGAGACUUUCUUCACGAUUACGAGUCUGGACCCUGGGGUGAGUGA